AGUCUGUGGCAGUCUGAGGGGGACAUCAUGUAGUUUAAGACAGACGGUGUGACUUAAAAUAUUUAGACCUCGGCGUUUCUUCCCUCCGUUUGUUCCCUGGAAAACGCUUUGUCUUCUUUAACAUCCAACCAACAUCAUGUUUCUGCGCGGAUCAAAAAAGCGGCGGUCGAACCGCUCGCAGGAGGAAGAGGACCCAGACAGAGGGCAGCCCUGUAUGCGCUGUGGAGACCAGUGCCCCGGCUUCCGUGUCCAUGGCUGGAGGAAGAUCUGUGUACACUGCAAGUGUGUGCGAGAGGAGCAUGCCGUUCGCUCAGUGCCGGGCCAGCUGGAAAAGAUGAUGACAAAGCUAGUGUCAGACUUCCAGAGACACUCCAUCUCCGACGACGACUCAGGCUGCGCCUCCGAGGAGUAUGCAUGGGUCCCACCUGGGCUCAAGCCCGAACAGGUAUACCAGUAUUUUAGCUGCUUGCCAGAGGACAGGGUGCCUUAUGUUAACAGUCCAGGGGAAAGAUACCGAAUCAAACAACUGCUGCACCAGCUUCCAGCCCACGACAGUGAGCCCCAGUACUGUAACUCUCUGGACGAGGAGGAGAAGAAGGAGCUGCGUUUGUUCAGUCAGCAGAGGAAAAGAGAAAACUUGGGCAAGGGCGUCGUCAGACUCUUCCCAGUAACUAUGACAGGAGCCAUCUGCCAGCAGUGUGGUAGACAGAUCUGCGGUGGAGACAUAGCCGUGUUUGCCAGUCGGGCAGGACACGGCAGCUGCUGGCACCCUCAGUGUUUCCAGUGUGCCUCCUGCAGUGAGCUGCUGGUCGAUCUGAUCUACUUCUACCAGGACGGACAGAUCUACUGCGGCCGGCACCACGCUGAGAGGCUCAAGCCCCGCUGUCAGGCCUGCGACGAGAUUAUUCUGGCAGAUGAAUGUACGGAGGCAGAAGGAAGAUAUUGGCACAUGAAGCAUUUCUGUUGUUUUGAGUGCGAGGCUGCGCUGGGCGGCCAGCGUUACAUCAUGAGAGAGAGUCGACCGUACUGCUGCUCCUGCUACGAGUCCCUGUAUGCAGAGUACUGCGAUACCUGUGGAGAACACAUAGGUAUCGACCAGGGCCAGAUGACAUACGAGGGUCAACACUGGCACGCUGUGGAGUCGUGUUUCUGCUGCGCCCGCUGUAAACUACCUCUGCUGGGGCUUCCCUUCCUCCCUCGAGCGGGACUCAUCUUCUGCUCCAGAUCCUGCUCGCUGGGCGAGGACCCCAAUAACUCAGACUCCUGUGACUCUGCGCUGCAGAUUGGACCAGUUCAGCAUAGACCAUGUGGGACAGCUGAGAAACACCAACAGUGCGGUUCUCCACUUCAGCCAAUAGAGGGCAUCAAACUCCCUAUAACUCCUGCAAAAGACUGCAUUCAUACUGCAGUGGAAAACAAAGGUGUCCACUGCACUGCUCCAGUUCAAAAUGGAGUUUCUUCACCCAGUGGUCAUCCUCAUUCAAGAGGCUCCUACUCACCUCUUCCCCACAUUCAUCUAGGAAAUGGCUUGGGUCCGUCUUGGCCCAGUGACCUUCCACAUUACAGUUUACUGCCAGGGGACUGUGGUAUCAAACCUCCUGUCGGUGGUGGAGAGCUAAAUGGAAAUACUGGACUAACUGGUCUUAGUUCAAGAGGAACCACUACUGCUAAAGACUGCCGGAAUUGGGUGGAAAGGACGAAUCAAGUUAUGCAAGUGUUUCCUCCUCAGAACAACUCACAUGUGAACCACCUCACUUCACUUGACUCGCCUCCCCUCCUGCCCAAUAACCCAUCCUCCCUCCCACCUCCUUUGCCCCUUAAAUCUCGUGACUUGAUGCCCCAGGAGUCACCCCCACCAAACCUCCCCCCACCAGAGGACAAACCCUCUGAUUCUCCACCCCCGCUGUCUCGCAGUGGCACAGCGAGGGUCAGCUUCAGAGAACCAAUCAGCAGCAGCUACUCCGUUGACGAGGAUGAAGAUGAGAAUGAGGAGGAGCUACAAGAGGGCGAAGAAAACCAGCAGGAAAAAGAUGGGGUGGAGGGAGGUUUCGGAAGCAGGUUACAUCUACAGAAAGGCAUCCCACCACAGAUGGAUCUGCUGGAUGGAUCCUCAUAUCACCAGCGGAGUCUGCGACGAGGCUGGAGCCGCUGCCGUUUCCCCUCCGACCCUGCUCUACACCCGGGAGGAGAGAGGCACUCCCAACGAUCGCGACCCGACCGGCCUCGGCUGGACGCCCUGGAGCGGAGAGGCGAGAAAGACAGGGACAACAGGGGCGCCGCCAAAGCCUCCUCACUGACCUCCCAGCCAGCCCAGUACAAACAUGAAGAUUCCUGUUCUACCUGCACUUCAUCUUCUGACUCAGAGGAAGAGGGAUACUUCCUGGGACAGCCCAUACCUCUGCCCCCGCAGCUCCGAAAGCAGCAGCCUGAGGAGGGCAAAGACAGAGAGGGAGAAGAGAAGAGGGAGGUGCAGAGAGACUGGGGACUGAGAGGCAGCAUACGGCGGAGACGAGCUCAAAGUCUUGGUGCGAAGGAUAAAGAUAAAAACUGUGCUAUCUCCUAACCCCUAACAACCAGCAACAUCAAAACACAGCAUGUUAUUUUCUAAAUUAUGGUGCACAAGAAGAACUAAUGGCCCUUCAUUACUCUGCUGUUUAUCAGUUUUAUGAUGGUGGUGUAGUGUUAAAUCCAAACACACAUGUGCAGACUUUUCCAAAAGCGGACCACAGCUAUUGUUCUUGACACACUACUUAGCAAGCACAGUAAACCUCAGAGAAGUCACUACUUUAACUCUAUGGUAUUGACCUCUCAUUGUUUGACUUUGAGAUGUUACCGUGUAGAAAAUGGUGUAUGAAUCAUGUGAUUAGUGAUGAAUGUGGAGUGAUUAUUUGGUAACAUUUAUGUAUGGAGUAUAUUUUAACAGGACUCACAGCAGUGAUGCAGUUUCUACCACAAACUGCCGUGGCCCUGAAGUGAACUGUUACUGCUUUUUAACAAUACUUGUCAUUUACAUAUGCAAACCUACAGCGGCACAUUUGACCAGUAACUGACAGCAGAUUCCUCCAUCAUGCUUUGUAAAAGGAAUAUUAAAUACAUCUUAUUUUUAACUCUACUGUAACCAUUUUCCGGUGCUCCUAUGUGCAAAUGUGUUACAGUUAUGAAUACUAAAUGGCCAAAUAUUAUGGGAUGGAGUAUAAUGACUUCUUACUGUGGUAGUUUUAUGCUUUGAAAAUCAAAAGGAUUGUUAAAGACACAAAGGAGAAUUUGAGUGAAUUUUGGAGGUGAAGUUUGUAGCGUGUGUUGUAUAGGCCAAACUAAAUUCUGCAAAGUCAUGUCUUAAGUCAAUAAGAAACACUUUUAUGGCUCUAUUGUCAUUUAUUUUUAUAUACUUGGUGUAGGUCACUGUUUUUCCUUGUUUUAUUUCGGGUAAAAGGAAGAGAUCAUAAUGAUAGUUUCUGUUUCUCUGAUUGUGUGAGACAAUUUUAUAGUAAUAUUAAAUUUGUCUAAAUUGUUUGUC